GCAGGUAACCAGGAGUUUGAGUCAUUUAAGUGAGAGCCCACGCACACCCAACAGCAUGCGGUGCAGCGAUGGCCGGCCACGGUAAGACGGUCGUGAGGACGCUGGAGGAUCUCACGCUCGACUCGGGUUAUGGUGGCGCCGCGGACUCGGUCAGGUCGUCCAGCGUGUCGCUGUGCUGCUCCGACGCGCCGCAGUCCAUCGCGCUCAGCGGCGGGGGGGGCGGCAACAACGGCUGGCAUCUGACGGAAUCCAUGCACAGCCGACAGAACAGCCUGGACACGGUGAACACCGUGCUGGCGGAGGACCCGGAGACCCUGGAGUGCGCGGCGGGUCAGUGCGCCAGGCUGACGGAGCUGGACGACGUGCCAUGGAGCCUCGGCGAGGUGGAGGGCGCACUGAGGAAAGACGAGGAGCUGAUGGCCGGCGACCCUUCGCCGGAGGUGCUGGCGCGCCUCUCCGCGCUCAUCGGCCGCGCGCUGGUGCGGGUGGCCCGGGAGGCGCAGCGGCUCAGCCUGCGCUACGCCAGGUGCACCAAGCACGAGAUCCAGAGCGCCAUCAAGGUGGUGCUCUCGUGGACGGUGUCGGUGAACUGCGUCGCGGCGGCUCUCAGCUCGCUGUCCCUCUACAACAUGAGCACCGGGGACAAGUUCAGCCGCGGCAAGUCGGCGCGCUGCGGGCUGGUGUUCUCCGUGGGGAAGUUCUUCAGGUGGAUGGUGGAUAGUCGGGUGGCCCUCAGGAUCCACGAGCACGCCGCCAUCUACCUCACCGCGUGCGUGGAGAGCCUGUUCCGGGAGGUGUUCGGCCGCGUCCUGCGCAGCGCGCUGGUGGAGCGGGACAACGGGAGCCCCAAGUUCACCCUGGAGUCCCUGGAGCAAGCCAUCAACAGCGACUCUGAGAUGUGGGGUCUGCUGCAGCCCUACCAGCACCUCAUCUGUGGGAAGAACUCCAGCGGUGUGCUGAGCCUCCCGGAGAGUCUGAACCUGCAGCGGGACCAGCAGCGCCGGGGGGGCGGCGAGGGCCCGGCGCACACGCAGGCCGAGCUGCGCACGCUGGAGCAGUCGCUGCUCGCCACGCGGGUCGGCAGCAUCGCCGAGCUGAGUGAUCUCGUUUCCCGGGCGAUGCACCACCUCCUGCCCCUGCACAUCAAGAACCCCAGCAACGGGACUCCGGUCCACCAGAAGACCACCAACACCGCGGCGGUGCACUGGGAGCCCGAGGCCCUCUACACCCUGUGUUACUUCAUGCACUGUCCACAGAUGGAGUGGGAGAACCCCAACGUGGAGCCCUCCAAAGUCUCCCUACAGACCGAGAGGCCGUUCCUGGUACUGCCUCCGCUGAUGGAGUGGAUCCGGGUGGCGGUGGCCCACACCGAGCAUCGCCGGAGCUUCUCCGUGGACAGCGACGACGUGAGGCAGGCCGCCAGGCUGCUGCUCCCCGGUGUCGACUGUGAACCCCGACAAAUAAAAGCGGAGGAUUGUUUCUGCGCCGCCAGGAAGUUGGACGCCGCCUCCACCGAGGCCAAGUUCCUGCAGGACCUGGGCUUCAGGAUGCUGAACUGCGGCCGCACGGACCUCGUCAAGCAGGCCGUGAACCUGCUGGGGCCGGACGGCAUCAACAGCAUGAGCGAACAGGGAAUGACCCCCCUCAUGUACGCCUGCGUGCGCGGCGACGAGGCCAUGGUCCAGAUGCUGCUCGACGCCGGCGCCGACAUCAACAGCGAGGUGCCCAGCACAGUAAACAAGCACCCCUCAGUUUACCCCGAAACGCGCCAUGGGACGCCGCUCACGUUCGCCGUGUUGCACGGACACGUGCCGGUCGUGCAGUUGCUGCUGGAUAACAGAGCGAACGUGGAGGGCGCCCUGCAGGAUGGGGCGGAGAACUACACGGAGACCCCGCUCCAGCUGGCCUCCGCUGCAGGUAACUUUGAGCUGGUGAGCCUGCUUCUGGAGCGGGGGGCCGACCCCAUGAUUGGGACCAUGUGUCGGAACGGCAUCUCCUCGGCGCCGCUGGGAGACAUGAACUCGUUCAGCCUGGCAGCGGCACACGGCCACAGGAACGUGUUUCGGAAGCUCCUGUCCCAGUCGGAGCAGGAAAAGGGCGACGUGCUGUCCCUGGAGGAAAUCCUGGCCGAGAGCACGGAUCCCGGGGAGAAGAGGUCGGCGCCGCAGGCCAACGGCGGCGGUGGCGGGGGGACGCUGCGAACAGGAAAGGCCAAACUGAGGGCCCUGAGAGAGGCCAUGUACCAUAGCGCAGAGCACGGCCAUGUGGACAUCACCAUAGACAUCCGCAGCUUAGGCGUUCCCUGGACGCUGCACACCUGGCUCGAGUCCCUGCGCACCUGCUUCGUGCAGCACCGCCGGCCGCUGAUCCAGGGUCUGCUCAAGGACUUCAGCUGCAUCCAGGAGGAGGAGUACACGGAGGAGCUCAUCACGCACGGCCUGCCGCUCAUGUUCCAGAUCCUGCGCUCCAGCAAGAACGAGGUGAUCAGCCAGCAGCUGUCCGUCAUCUUCACCCAGUGCUACGGACCCUUCCCCAUCCCCAAGCUGACGGAGAUCAAGAGGAAGCAGACUUCGCGCUUAGACCCUCACUUCCUGAACAACAAGGACAUGUCGGACGUCACCUUCCUGGUGGAGGGGAAACCGUUUUAUGCACACAAAGUGUUGCUGUUCACAGCUUCAGCCAGGUUCAAGUCUCUUCUCCAGAACCGACCGGCAGCAGAAAACACCUGCAUCGAGAUCAGCCACGUCAAGUACAACAUUUUCCAUCUGGUGAUGCAGUAUUUGUACUGCGGCGGCACCGAGUCUCUGCACAUACGCAACACCGAGGUCAUGGAGCUUCUGUCUGCAGCCAAGUUCUUCCAGCUCGAGGCCCUUCAGAGACACUGUGAGAUCAUCUGCUCCAAGAACAUCACCACGGAAACCUGCGUGGACCUCUACAAGCACGCCAAGUUCCUCGGCGCCGCUGAGCUCACGACCUUCAUCGAGGGCUACUUCCUGAAGAACAUGGUGCUGCUGAUCGAACUCGAGGGCUUCAAGCUGCUGCUGUACGAGCCCCCCCCGCCCGCCGAGAGCCCCGCCUCCAGCCCCGGCAUCUGCUCCGACAUCCUCCUGGACCUGGAGAAGACCCUGGCCACGCGCAUCCACUCCAUCCACCUCUCCAGCUCCAAGGGCUCGGUGGUGUGACCCCGCCCCCAUCGGCUGCUGAAGAGGGGCGUGUCUACGUCAGGGAUUCCCUUUAAUUCUGCCCCCUGGUGGUGAACGUUGGCAUGACAGGACUGAUGACCUCACACCCCGACAGUCAAAACGAACUCGACUCAGCAGUAUCGCUCAGACCCGACGGUGAUCAUAACAACUCAUUGUAUUUCAUAAAGGACACGUGCAUGGAAUACAUUAAAAAGGUAGAGUAGGACUCAAUAAAUUCAGCUUUGUGAGACUUUUAGGUCUCCAGACUUCACGGCGGUGGUAUUAAAAGUGCGUCACGUGCCAACAUGUAAUCGUUCUUAUACAAGUGGCUAGUAGCAACGCCAGCAGACGGACCUAGGCUCCGCCUCCUCUCCGUUGGAUACGUCUCACUGUGUUACAUCUACUGUGCGAUCACAGGCACUUCCACCCGGCUCGCGGCGGCGGCCCGCUCAGUGACAUCUACGCCGCCGUGCACGGCGGAAAAAAAACACGGAUGUCCAACUUGUUUUUUUUUGUUUUUGAGUUGCCGGGCAGAACUCACCUCACGGACCGCUUUCACGAAAAAGAAGAAGGAAGAGAACAACGCUGCUUAUUAACUUUCCAUCCACUGCAAAACGGACCGAGCGGGAUUCAGAGACGGAUUCCGAUUUAUCUUUCAAGACUUUUAGAGCUAAAGUGUAAAUACGUCCCCAAAGUCGUCGUCGUCGUGCUGCUCGUAUUUGUUAUUUUUUUUUGUAACCUGAUGUCGAGUAUUCUCCAGCGCUCUCAUCGGACUCCCCCCUGGACUAGUUUGUUUCCUGCUGGGUUUUUUUGUGUCCGCUUUAAUGCAAAAAAAAGUUGCAUGUUUGAAAUCCUCCGUUUUGGCUUUCUGUGCCGAAUUGUUCUCGUCCAAUCAGAGGGCGCGCCCUUUAAUUAGUGAUGCGAUCCACACGAUCAGGAGCAUUUUAAAAGGCCUCGACGCGGCUGAAGUUUCUGUUAAAUUCCCACUCGCUGUCGGCUUAUUAGAGACGCAACAACAUCAUGUGACUCGCACAGUCCCGACCUUUGGAAUGCAUAUUUUAAAUUUAAGCAUAAAAAGGUGACGCAACAUCACAACGUUCAUAUUUAGGUUUAGUGACUUCGUGGCACCCGGCUGUAAAAUGAUCUCCACCUAGAACUGUGACUCGCAUCAUGGGAGUUCAAUAAUUUAGCGUUUUUUUCUUUAAUUCAACUGAAACUUUGAAACGUCAGAACAAAAGAUUAAGAACUGUUAUUUCCUAUUUUUAGAAAGGUACAAAUAAGCUUACGGGUCGACGAAAUGCGGCAAGAAAACAUCCGAUCGUGGUGUUUUAAUAAGCUUUACAUUAAAAACACAAUCUGCAGCUUCAAGUCGUCACUUCUUAUAUUCUGGAUACAUUUUGGAUGAAUUCGUGUCCGCGGCGUCAAGAUUUGUUCUCGAAGUAUUUGCUGACGUUGGGAUUUGCUUAACCGAACCCAGUGGCUCAUGGGAGUUGUAGUUUUCUGAGCAUAAAGUUUAAAUAGUUCAAACGGGUUGGCCACAACGUAAACGAAUAGCCCCGUUAUAGCAUAUGUAUUUGAAAAGGGAAAACAGGACGAUGAAAAAGCUUUUCAUACUUUGCUAAGUCACAUCAUUAUACUAAUUAAUAAUUUAUAAUUGACUAAAACGUCCUUAAAACAAUAUGCGACCUUUCCAAGUUUCACCACCAGGGUUCAUUAGUAUUCGGCCUAUUUUAAUAAAUAUUGUUUGUCACAUUCUGGUGUUUAUAUUAAUUAUGAAUGUGUGAAUGGUUGCGGUACAUCUUUAGUAAAAAGAUGUGUUGUUUGCGUCUCUAAUAAUCUGAUUCUGAAAUUCAACCUCUCGUCUCAGCUCCGCCCCCUCGCCAUUAGACGAUGCUACAAAAAGGAGGAACUCCUCGAGGCAGCAGUACAUUAUAUGAAUGUAUUAAUGCUACGAAGGUUUAAUAUUUACAUAAUGUGCUAUAUCUGCAGUCCAGCAAGAAAACCAAAAACCUAAACGCUUCCCUCGCGAUCCCUGAAGCGUCCUCUUUGUGAUGUUUGUUUCCUCCAGAUAAAGAGAUAUUUCUUCAAAAUAUUGUAGCACUCAAAAUUAAAUAAACUUUUUGGUUUUGGUCCAUAAAAACAACGUUUUAACAGAAAUAUACAGAAAAGAGUUGGUUUUAGGUUCUGUGAGUAGCUACAGAAAAUGAAAUAUUAUCCUAUACGACUUUAUUUUCUUACCUAUACAUGCUUAUA